AUGAGUCUGUCUCAGAGGAGUACCAGCAUCAUCUCAGGUUUAUUCUUAAUUAAACUGUCCUGUAAAGAAGGCCACAGUGGUCCAACUCAUGAGUCCAUGCAGGCUGUGUUUGACCUGAAACCCUUCAGGCCAGCAGUGAACCUCAGCAAUCCCACCAUAACUAACAUCUCCUUCACCCUGUAUGCUGUUUUGGGGGUGAAUGAGAAAACCCAAAUACUCACUACCUUCUUGUGGCUGAGAUUGUACUGGCAUCAUGAGUUCCUGGUUUGGGACCCUGAUGAGUGUGAUGGUGUCACCAGGAUUUCUCUCCCUGUGAAUAACCUCUGGUCUCCCGACAUCAUAGUUUAUGAGUUUGUGGAUGAUGAUGUUUCGCAAGCAUGCCCUUACGUCUACGUCAACCACACAGGUCACAUCCGAUGGGACAGGAUGCUUCGGCUUGUCUCAGCCUGCAACCUGGAGAUCUUCAGUUUUCCUUUUGACAUGCAGAAUUGCACAUUUACAUUUGGCUCCUACAUGCAUACUAUAAGGGAUGUGAGGGUCAGUCCAGCUUUGACCUUUGAGGAGAUAUCUCGAAACUCAAAGCGUUACCUGGAAGCCAGUGGGGAGUGGGAGCUGGUGGACAUACUGGGAGAGACUUCCAUCCUCCAGUUUGGGAUUGACGAAUGGGACAUCAUCACCUUCUGGGUGGUCAUAAGGCGGCAGCCAAUGCUCUACGUGGUCAAUCUGCUGAUCCCCAGCUCCUUCCUCAUGCUUAUCGACAUCCUGUCCUUCUACCUGCCCCCCCAUAGCGUUGACCGCGCCUCCUUCAAGAUGACUCUCAUCCUGGGCUACACCGUCUUCCUGCUCAUCAUGAACGACCUGCUGCCCAGCACAGCAAACGGCACACCCCUCAUAGGUAUCUAUUUCUCCGUAUGUCUGGCCCUCAUGGUCAUCAGCCUACUGGAGACGGUCAUCAUUACCAGUGUCCUCCACCAGAACUCCAAGAAAUAUCAAGAGGUUCCAAAUUGGGUAAGGGUGGUUAUCCUCAAACACAUAGCCAACCUCAUCUGUUACAAAUGGCCAGAGGACGACAAGCCCCCCACUAUACCCCAGAAGGAUGAACCUGAAAUUUCAAAUGGCGAUUCUGGGUUGUGGAUCAUCCAACCAGCCAGCCAGACACCUGCCCGGGACCCAACCACCUUAACUUCAGGCAGCAACACAAUAGAUGUAGCUGCUCUGCCUGAACUGCAACAGAUCUGUCAAUACCUGGGAGACCUUCGUGCUCACCUCACCUCCAAGCACAAGGAGAGCGAACUGCUGGAACAGUGGUGCCAUGUAGGAUAUGUCCUUGACUUCCUGCUUUUCCGCAUCUAUCUGCUGCUCAUCUCCUGUUACGCGCUGGUCAUCAUCUCCAUGUGGUGCAUCUGGAUCAGCCAACUGAAAAUGACGGAUGUAAAGCGUGCUGAGCUCAUCUUCAUCUGUUUCAUGCUGCUUCACGAUUUUGUAGCAACAUUGAAUUGCACAAGCCCGACUCCUGAAUCUUUGUUUUCCUCACUUGAGAAGAAUUUAUUCCCUAAAAAACUACUGCGACCUGUGAAAAGCUUUUCAAGUCCAAUUAACAUAACCAUUGGUAUCACAGUGGUGGGAAUUCUAGGAGUGGAUGAAAAAUCCCAAACCCUGACAACAGUCAUGUGGCAAGUUCUAGAGUGGGAUAUUGAGGGACUGAGCUGGGAUGAAGAGGAAUGUGGCACUAAAAGAGUCUCUGUCCCUCGAGAAAAGCUUUGGGUCCCAGACAUCCAUAUCGCAGAGUUCAUGGACGAAGACAAAUCUCCCAAGACUCCCUACGUCUACUUGCUUAACACAGGUCAUGUAUAUGAUGAUAAGCCGAUUAGAGUGGUCAGCUCCUGCCGAUUAGUAAUCUACAAUUUCCCCUUCGAUAUUCAAAACUGCACUCUGACCUUUGGAUCAUAUCUACACUUUGCUACAGACAUAAGGAUGAUUCAAGGCCCCACAUCUGAAGAGAUACUGCAGGAGUCCCAAGAUGUGUUUGUGACCAAUGGGGAGUGGGAGCUCAAAGGUAUCAGUGUAGCUCCUUCUACUCUGUCAUUAGAUGUGGGAAGCUACUCUGAGAUCAAAUACCAUAUCAUUCUGAGACGUAGGCCAGUCCUUUAUGUGGUGAACCUGCUGAUCCCCAGCUGCUUCCUCAUCACAGUGGACCUCUUCAGCUUCCUGCUGCCCCCCCAUAGUGUGGACCGUUCCUCCUUUAAGAUGACCCUCAUCCUGGGCUACACCGUUUUCCUGCUCAUCAUGAACGACCUGCUGCCUGUCACUGGGGACACAACACCUCUCAUCAACGUUUUCUUCUCCACCAGUCUCGCUCUGAUGGUUACCAGCCUGUUGGAGACCGUGUUCAUCACUAAUAUCCAGUACAGCUCCAGCCAGUACAGCGCCAUGCCUCACUGGCUCAAUGUCCUCGUGCUACGAUAUCUAGCUGUUGUAGUUUGUUUACCUCGAACGAAAAAAAGCAACCGAAAGACUUUCUUUCAUGACUCAUCUAAUAGAGAACCACAAAAUUCCAGAAUCACCAACAUCUCAGCGUUUCAUCUUCAGAGCGUCUCUGGUGAUACACCUCCAGCGAAACCCAACCCAACCCUUUCGAUGCCGGCCCUGGAUGAACUGAGGAAACUGAGCAGAGAUCUCUUGGCCAUCCGCCUCCAGAUAGACAAACACUUCCAGGGGAGCAAAACCUCUGAGGAUUGGCAAAUGGUCGGGUUAGUUAUCGACCGUUUUCUGUUUGGAUUGUACAUUGUCUUCAUUGGUGUCAGCUUCAUCACCAUCAUAUGUAUCUGGACCUUGAGCAACUUGUAA